CGCCAUUGAAAUUUGCAAUACAACAUGGCGACGGCCUGUUGAUGUUUUCAGUAAAACAGUGAAUCAUUGAAUCAAUUGUUUGUAGAUUUGUUGUAUUUCUUAUCCAGUUAUUCUUGUUGCUAGGGGAUGUUUGCUUGAAUACACUGCGAGUACGACAAGAUGAUACAGGAGCUAGUGGUGCUGUUGGUGAUGGUGCUGGCGUUAGAAGGUCAACUAUAUGAAGGUUGCCCGAGCGCCUGGUUCGAAUACUCCGGGCGCUGCUACAACUUUGUGUUCACCCCCCUGAGAACGUACCAGGAGGCGACCAUCUACUGCCAGCAGGAUUUCUCUACUCUGGUCAGCAUCAACUCACCUGGUGAGCACAGCUUUAUCCAGACCUGGCUCAUCACUCAUGACGCCCACAGGAAUGACUGGUUGACCAGUGGCUAUCGUGACGCCGCUGACCGGAUACUCUGGGACUCUGAUGGUUCCCUGGUGACGGAGAACUUCUUUCCAGACCCGGCAGCCAGAGACAGGCAGGAUGUGGACGAGAAACUCAGCAUAGUCUACAACAUCAUUGUGUACCGGUAUAUGGCAUCCAGCAACAGCUAUGUGUGGGCCUGGAGCAGACUGAUGAAGUCCGCAAACUUUAUCUGUGAGAUCAACAAGGAAGACUCGUGGAAACUUUAUCAACACGCCAGGGAUUUCUCCUAUGGCAGCAAUAUCACCGACCCCAACCUGUGGGAAAUGGCCCCCAACAUCACCUACCAGUCCCCCGACACGGUCUUCUACGACUCCAACAGCCAGAGAACGACGGUGGUGCUGGAGUGUCUGGCCACGGGCAACCCACGCCCAGUCUACAAGUGGUACCGGAAGUCCUCCGUACAAGCUAAAGAAGAACAAGUUACAGCAGAGUUGAGCUCACGAUACAGUGUGACCAAUGGCAGACUGACCAUUCUAAACCCAGAUCCUAGCGUGGACGUCAGCCGCUACACUUGUGAGGCUUCCAACAAACUGGGGGUCGUGGUAUCGAAUCCUGUUGAGGUUAUCCACGGUUAUGUCGGUGAGUUUCCUAACGUGCCGUCAAGUGUUAUCGAUGCCACUACUUACCUGGGCAAGGAGAUCACCUGCCAGCACCCGCCCACAAACACAGACCUACGGUAUAACUGGUACAAAUCUAACUUCAACUUCAUCCGCCCUGAGCUAAACGCCCAGUACUUCCUGUCAAAGAACGGCAACUUCUACAUCUCUGAGGUUCAGGCGGCUGAUGUAGAUACGUAUUUUUGUAUGGUCACCAUGGCACCCAAACAACGCCAAGUCCUGACCGGAACCCAACCCCCCUCUCGUAUAUCCAUGGGGCUCAAACUCCGAGUUCACGGGGAAAAUGCGCAGACGUACGGACCAGACAUACAGAACAGGUUCCCUCAAGUGUUCCCUGAAGUUCCAAUGGCCGGCGAGACGGUUGAGAUUGAAUGCUUGGCAUAUGGGAGAAUGCCCCUGUACUACAGCUGGGUAAGGGACGACGAUGACCUUAACCCUGGCGCCUACUACAAGGACUUCAACCGUGUCCUGGUGAUCCCUAAUGCACGUGUAGAGGACACGGGCUCCUACACGUGUGUGGUCAAGGGGGACCAAAACUCGGCCAACAAAACCGUCUACCUCAGUCUCAAAGCCAUCCCCAGCUUCCCCUACCCCCUACAGAACCAGCACCUGGACGUCGGCACCAACUUUACCUGGACCUGUAACGCUAUCGGCAUCCCUAAGCCGGUCUACACCUGGUACAAGAACGGCGUCCUGCUCACUGGCAGUACUGAGACGGGAGUCAGGGUGUACCGAAACACCAUCAGCAUCGAUAAAGUAGAUGCAAGCAAGCAUGACGGGGUGUACCAGUGUGAGGCGUCCAACUCUUUUGGUCUGGCCAGGUCUAGCGCUCAACUCCGAGUGUUAUCGUUCCCCCCAACAUUCAUGCACAACCCCGUCGAAAGCUCUAAACAAGCCUCACUGGAUGGCAACGUCACAAUAUCUUGCCGACCCCAGGCAGCACCUCGGGCCAGGAUCACGUGGUUAAAAAAUGGAGCGGAAGUCGGCAAGGUGUCACCGAACGGAGAUCUGGAACUUUCCGGACUAUCCCGGGCCGAUUCUGGAACCUACACGUGCGUGGCGAGCAACGACUUGGGCGAGGCGCGGUCGAGUUGUUUACUGACUGUACUGGAGAAGAUCGUUAUCGUGGACGUCCCCCACAACACUGAAAUCAGCCAGAACGAGACAGCGGUGCUACAUUGUAAGGCGUCGUUUGAUGAAAAGAAGAUGGACGUCAUGUACUCGUGGAAGUUCUAUUCGCAUUGGCUCGAUUUUACGGAGGGUUCGGUGGGCAAAGUGCAUUACUCCACGGCCCAGAACUCCGGCAUGCUCUACAUCAUUGCCGCCCAGUUCGAGCACGAGGGUGAGUACACAUGCGUGGCGUCAACCGUUGCCGGAUCCGUUUCAGCCAGUGCUUUCCUCACCGUCAGAGGACCCCCGGGUGAGCCGGGUGGGGUGCACGUCAGGCAGGCGAAGAACGGCUCGGAUUUAAAUUUUGGCGACAUCGCCAUCUGGUGGCAGGAGGGAGAGUACCACGGGUUCCCUGUGACCAAGUAUCUGAUAGAGUACUUGUCGUACUUUGAGAAAGAUUGGAAACUACUUCUGGCUGGUACAUGGUUGUGGACUGGCUGUUCCAAGUAUCUGAUAGAUUACCUGUCGUACUUUGAGAAAGAUUGGAAACUACUUCUGGCUGACAUCCCAGCACAAGACACACAUAUCCAGGAGUACCCCGACUGGCGGGGGGUCGACGUCAGGGAGGGGCUGUCCCCCGGGACGUCGUACCAGUUCAGGGUACGGGCAGGGAACAACCAGGUGGGCUACGGUCCUGCCAGUAACGGGCCUUUUGACUGGUAUAGAAUGGUAUCCGCCGCACCACUUUACGCACCGACCAACAUCCGGGGAGGGGGAGGGAGCGUAGGGCUGCUCAUCAUCAAAUGGGAUCCACUACCCAGAAGCCUGUGGGGAAGCAACUCUGUCAAGUACAUCGUCUACUUUAGGUCACGUGAUGACCGUGAUAAAGACGGCAAGUGGCAGAGUACAGGGGAAAUUAUAGCACAUACCAUAGAACAACUAGUCGGAAGUGAAAACUAUUAUCUGCCUUACGAGGUCAAAGUUCAGGCGGUAAACGACAUGGGCAAGGGACCUAACUCAAGCAUUGAGAUAGUCUACUCGGCCGAGGAGAUGCCCAACAACGUGGCCCCCCUGUUUAUCAGCGCCUACAUCAUCAACGGCACCGCCACCUCCGUCACUUGGAAACCAGUGCCCAACACCCGGGAGUCUGCCAAGGGUUCGGUCUUUGCCUAUCAGAUCAACUACUGGGAGGAGCCGACCACCCUGUGUACUGGCAUCAACGAGCACCAGGCCAUGUUUUCCCGUUUCUAUGGCGACGUGGACACCGGCGUCAUCAUCGGCCUGAUGCCCGACCUGCGCUACUGCAUCAACCUCCAGUUCUUGAAUCACGCCGGCAUCGGUCCCAAGACGGACAUCUACACUUUCGUCAUGAACAGGGCCCCCCCGAACAAUUACCCAGAAUACAUCACGGUGAUGUCACAUGGCAACGAAAGCGUCCGGAUGUACUGGAGGGGCGUGUCCGGCAAUGCAGGGGAGGAGGCCAUUCGCGGGUACAAGGUGUGGUGGUGGGACCUGCGUGAGGACAUCAGGGCGGCCAGGAACGCCUCCUUCGGCAACACGUACACGGGCGUGCUGCACGGCAUCGAGAGGGACACGGUGUACAAGGCGCGGGUGUUGGCAUACAGCAUGGGCGGGGACGGCAAGAAGAGCCCGGAUGUUUUCUUCACACUAGGUGGCCAGGUACAGUACGACCCAGCUACCACUGAGCUGAUGAACUCCUGCACGACGACGUCUGCUCGACUUCUGCUGCUGGUCGGGCUGCUACUGGUGACACUCCACGCUGUCCAGCCGUGGUGACUCGAUCACCUGGUGAUCACAUGACUUCCGGGUUUGAUUCCAGUGCGUCGUCUGCUAGCUUGGGUGUGGUAGUGAAACUUGCAGUGUGAGAAAGGGGGGCUAGGAGUGGUGAGACAAAUGGUGAGAUAAUGGGUCAUAGAAUUGGUCAAACAAAGGGUAAUGUAAGUGGUGAGACAGGUAGUGAGACAAGUGGUGAGACAAGAAUUGGAUACAUAGUGUUGAAGAACGACGCAGUUGUUAUUCUUUAACUAUUCUCGUUGUUGAUGAAUUAAACCAUUUUAUGUUUAUUUGUAUUUAGCUUUACACGAACAUUCCAAAGUCACUAAGUAUUCUCAGCAGUUUGACAAAAACAGGCUAAAAUUAUAUUAACUCAUCCACUCUACUUCACCUAUCAUCAGUGUCAAUCGAAUGAAUAAGUAACUAGUUUAUGAACAUCUAACACGGAGCGAAUGUUGCGUUGUGUGUGAUAUAUGUGGCCUUAACUAGAAUGUUUUAAAUGUUCGGAACAUUCCAUAUAGCAUGGUACAUACCAUAACAUUUGUAAAAAUACAUUUUGAUUUUCUACCUAUCAUAACGCCUUGAUUUGUCAAUAGUUUUCAUCAAUUGUCAUUUUUUUUAAACUCUACCUUAUAUAAAGUAUUGAAACAACGGUUUUUAAGCACUUAUCACUGCACCCCCAAUGAAAAUAAACAAAUACAAAAUAAUUAAAAGCUACUCCAUUGAAAAACUAAAAACUAUAGCGAUCCAUUGAGCAGAUGAAGUAGAGUUUAUAUGUGUCUUGACUUCAGCAUAUAAAGGGAUAGUGUGGGCAGCAUUAUACCUAUCCAGCUUUACUUUCCCCAACGUAGGUCAUGUACCACAUUAAGCUGGAUGGACUCAGGAAAGUCCUAACCGAGACCCGAACUCGAAACUUCAGCCAACCCAUUUGACUACGCUGUCCCCUCUACCUUAUUAUUAUUGUCCUUAAAAUAUAGGACUGCUUACCCCAAUAACUAUAGUGUACAAUUGUGAAACGCGAUUACUUUAUUUACUAGAGACGUACUUCGAAAACGACUUCGAAUAUAAUGCUAUUGUUUCUCUUUUUAGUUGCAAUCCCAGACGAAUCUAUGAAAAUGUAAUUCAAUAUUUUUUUAA